GCGUGUAACGGGCGAAUAAAACAGAAAUGUCUUUAUGCACACCUGUCCCAUUUCAAAUUUCUUCAAUGCAUAGACAAUACACUUGCUACAGUUGGGACCUAUCAAAGAUUGAGUUGAUAAAAAGUAAACUACGUAUCAGCACGAUUUGAAUGUUCUUUGUUUAUUUAUAUAUUUUAUUUAUUAGAUUGUAUGUAGAAUCGUUUUAAAUCAUGAAGAAAGGUUAUAAAGUGACUGGUGUUAAACGAGAAAAGAAAAUUGGCGUGGCAGCUGAAAGUUUACACGAGUUGAUCGAGAAAUCACACAAAAAAUUAGAAUUCAAUGUCAGCUGCGGAGAAUGUAAUUUAUACGUGGCUGAAGAUGGGACGCUAGUUGACAAUGAUGAGUACCUAGCCACUCUGCCACCACAAACCGUCUUCAUUUUACUAAAGGGUUCAGAAAAGAUGAUAACAGAUUUUGAUUAUUAUUACAAUAUGAUCCUGUCAACUAAGAAAGAGUAUAUAGAUACAGGAGCAGCAGCCAAGCAGUUUUUAUCGACAAACAUCAAAGAGAAGUUCAAAGUCUUUCAAAAGUACAUUGCAUCUGCUGACGAUGCUAGAAUAGAGCUCAGCGAGAGAACACAAGAUCCAGCUUGGUUUGAAGGUCUUGAACCCUCUGAGAAAACAAAAGAGCAAUCAAUGUCUAAACGGGUCAAAGAACGAAUGCGUGGCUACUAUUAUAAGACGAAAUCAGCACUGCAGUCUUCCGAAACAUAUGUGCAAUCCCGCAACGGACGCGGUAAGAAAAUUAUCGAUCAGUUUUUGUUAGAUCUGCGCAAACUACUUGAAUCGAACAAGUAUAACGAGGACUAUUUCAAUCGUAAAGCAGACAAAAGCGUCCGAAUGUGCAAUGUGACUGGUCUCUUUGAAUGCGGUGGUUUAUGGAACAAUAACAAAUGUGCCUAUGAAGGUGACCACAUUAUCAACCCAUACCGGAGCCGCGAGGAACGAAUCAUAUUCCAGACAUGGAAUUUGGAUCACAAAAUUGAACUCUCCCGUUCAAUAAUACCUAAAAUUCUGGAAGCCAUAGAAGUUUUGUAUAAGGGUGAUUUUAAAUGUACAGUGUGCGACAAAUACUCUAAACCGGGUAGCAUUGAUACAGAUAGGUAUUAUCUGCAAAUCUUUACAAAAAACAACCUCAAACUGGUUCACAUUGUAUGUCAUCAUAAGGGCAGGCACAAUGCUGCCUCUGACGUUUACACUGUCUGCAACAAUUGUAGCAGACAUACUAUUGAAUAUAUAUGAAUAUUAUGAAUAUUUACAAAUUAUAGGUCUCUAUUUUUCUGCUGUAGGUAUAUAUGCUAUUAGGACAUCCUGUAAUGGGGGAAUAAUGUGAACUGAUCUGAGAUUAUUUUUAUUUAUUUACUUAAAUGUUUACCAAAGAUAUGACAUAUUUCCAUUGUCCUGGAUUAGAUGGAAUACUAUUUUUGAUUGAUUUAUCAAGUAUGUGAGCUUAUUCUGAAAUUUGUAUUAAUUAAAUUUUUUGAAGAAUUAAUAUUACUAAAUAUUGCCGAUAGCCAAAAGUAAGAUGCCACAAAAAUUAAGAAACAAUUUUAUUAAAUUCAAAAUAAAGUAAUUGAGUUAAUGCUGAAUGAAUUUUUGUUAAAUGAAUUGUAGUUUAUGGAUAUUAAUAGAGAUAAAGCCUUUUGAAUGUAGUGAUUAUUUACAUAUUAAAAUAUUGUUAUUGUUUCAUAGCAUAGUUUUUUCUAUUCCUUAAUAUUUAUAUCCAUUCCCUUUGUACUAUAUUUAUUAAGGACAAAAUGUUUUGUGACGUUAUAAUCAUUGUCUAACUUAAGCGGUUUUUAUUUAUUUCAUAAAUUUCAAUUAAUAUGAAAAUGUUCACAUCAAA